CUUACUGUAUAUAUUAAGGUUAAGACCCUACAUUUUACCAUUUAUGCCAAUUUACUUGACUAAUGUAAUUAUUAAGAGUAGAACCGUACAAUAGUAUAGUAAAUAUUUAUUUAAAUGAAUAAAUGUAUUAUUAAGAUACCAAUAUAAUUAACAAUGUAAAUGUACCCAAUUGAUUUAAACAUUGCGGUUAAAAUUAUACAAUGCUAUAUAAAAUACAAAUUUACCUGAUUAAUUUAAUUAUUAAGUUUUUAAUCCCAUGAUAAUAUAUACAAAUAUAACACCCAUUUGUACAUAUUAUAAUAUAUUGGGACUCAUAACUAUUCUUGAACUGUUUAUCAGUAUCUAUCAUUGCAAGAGUCGAAGAAGAGGGAUAAAUUCAAUAAACUUUAUUUUUUAAACCAUCUUUCAAAGAUAUCAAAAGGAAUUCAAAGUGCUCUACAAGUGACUGACACAACAUGGGACGUUAAACAUAGUAAGAGUAAUAAAAAUAGCAACUCUUAAUCAGUAUUAAGAAAUAGUGCUAUCAUUAUAUUACUACAGUAACAAAAUUGCUUUUGCUAAAACAGAUAAAACAUAUUUGUGAGGAAAUACCGACAAAACGUUUCAAAUAUCAAUGAAAUGUAUGGAAAUUAAUGUGUGAAUUGUACUGUUGUCAAUGGUCGACAAAUAAAGUUUUUCAACCCAUGUGAUCAAAUGUGUCAUGGCGGCGCCCUCGUGUCGUGCGUGGUUGUCAUCAAAUGUAAUGAUAUUUUAACGCGUUAAGGAUCAACACCAAGUCAAGGAAAAUGAAGGUAAAGAAGAUAAACCCGAAGAACAAGCGUCUGUCUGCUGGGCUAAAGAAACCAGCCAAACGGAGCAUCGAUGUGAAAGGCAAAUGGAAAGCUGUUGAGCUUGAUCCCAGUGUGUUCGCCGAGGAAGGUUUAGAGGGUCUGGUGUGUUUUGAAGAGCUGACACAUUACCGUCUGGUAGACAGUGAAAAGGCUGCAGCCAAAGCAACGAAAGAAUUAAAAAGAGAAAAGAAGAAACAAGAAAAGAAGCGAAAAGCAAGCGAGGGCGAGGAGGCUGGAGAGAGCCAAGAGGGGGAGAACACAACUGAACCAGCCAAGAAAAAAGCCAAGAAGAAGAAGAGGAAAAAUAAGACCGCAAAGGAAUCAGUCCAAUCAGAUAGUGCUUCUGCAGAAGAUGUGACACAGACAGAUAAAGCUGUUACUGAGGAGGGAGGACAGGAUGAGGUAGCAGAUGAAGACGAUGCAAAAGAUUCAGCCGCUAUCUCUGAACAAAAUGCACAAUCAAAGACUGCAAAGAAAAGCAACAAAAAGAAGAAGAAGAAGAAAUCCAGGCAGCAGAAAGCACAAGAUACAGUCCAAGAAGAACAACCGAACCAGGAAUCUCCAUCAGAUCUUCAGCCACUAGAAAAAGAGAAAUCCAGUAAAGAAAAAGUGACAAAGCCCCCUAAAAAGCAGGCAAAGAACUGGACAAAUGCAGCCCUUUCUGGUUCUGAAGACAAAAACACUGAUGUGAGGGCAUGGAAGGACCUGUUUGUUCCCUCUCCUGUGCUAAAUGCCCUGAGCAGCCUUGGAUUUGGUUCGCCCACACCGAUUCAAGCCCUGGCUUUACCCCCAGCUAUCAGGGAUCGCAUGGACAUACUGGGAGCAGCUGAGACAGGAAGUGGGAAGACACUGGCCUUUGGUAUUCCUAUGAUCCACACCAUCCUGGAGUGGAAGAGUAGCCCAGAACAAACAGUUGAUGAAAACACUGAACCACCUGCAAAGGUGGCGAGUUUGUAUUUACCAGAUGUAGAUGAGGCCACAGCAGAAGAGGACCAGGAGGACAACGUGGAGGCUUCAGAAGAAGAGGAUGAAGGCGCUGAAGAUGAGAUUAAAGAAGACUCAGAUAAAGAUGGCAGUGCCGUUGAAGAAACAGCUGAGGAUGAUCUUCAAGGUUGUGUUCCACUAACUAAAAAUGCAGAGUUUAAUUCUGAUGAAAAACCUGCUGGCGGUCAGAAUCAGCCACUUCUCGGUCUGGUCCUCACUCCCACCAGGGAGCUGGCUGUUCAGGUCAAACACCAUAUUGAUGCUGUGGCUAAAUUCACUGACAUCAAAACAGCCAUAGUGGUGGGUGGAAUGGCACAGCAGAAGCAGAGACGGAUGCUAAAGCGAAGGCCAGAGAUCGUUAUUGCCACGCCAGGCCGUUUGUGGGACCUAAUCAAAGAAAGACAUCCACAUCUACUCAACCUCAGGCAGCUCAGGUGCCUGGUCAUUGAUGAAGCUGAUCGCAUGGUAGAAAGAGGCCACUUUGCGGAGCUGGAGAGUCUGCUGGAGAUGCUCAGCACCACACACUUCAAUCCCACGAGGCAAACGUUUGUGUUCUCUGCCACCCUGACGAUGGCUCACAGCCUGCCCGCCCGCCUCCUUCAGAAGAAGAAGAAAACGCUGGAUAAGAGGAGCAAGCUGGAAAUCCUCAUGGAGAAGGUGGGAAUUAAAUCCAAACCCAAAGUCAUCGACCUCACCAGAAAGGAGGCAACCGUGGAGACUCUGACUGAGACACAGAUCCACUGUCAGAAGGAUGAGAAGGACUUCUACCUCUAUUACUUCUUGCUCCAGUAUCCUGGGCGCACCAUGGUGUUUGCCAACAGCAUCGACUGUAUCAAGAGACUGAACACCCUGCUGGUUAUCCUGGACAUUACUCCACUGCCUCUACAUGCCAACAUGCACCAGAAACAACGCCUCAAAAACCUGGAGAGGUUUGCUGAGAGAGAGAGUUGCGUUCUUCUGACUACUGAUGUGGCAGCAAGAGGCCUGGACAUCCCCAAUGUUCAACAUGUUAUUCACUACCAGGUUCCAAGAACAUCUGAGACUUACGUCCAUCGAAGCGGUAGAACAGCAAGAGCCACAAAAGAAGGUCUCAGUUUGCUGCUAAUAGGUCCAGAUGACAUGAUGAACUUCAAAAAGAUCUACAAGACUCUUGGAAAGGACGAGGAGCUCCCCAUGUUCCCCAUAGAGACCAAAUGCAUGGACGCCAUCAAGGAGCGAGUAAACUUGGCCAGAAAGAUAGAAAACUUUGAGUAUCACAACAGCAGGGAGAAGCAGCACAACUCCUGGUUCAAACAAGCAGCAGAGGCUCUGGAGGUGGACCUGGAUGACGAUCUUUUACUUGGCAACACAAGGGAUGAGGAUGCUGACAGGGAGCAGCAGAAGAUGGUAAAAGGGAUGAAAAAGCAUUUGAAGCAUUUGAUCUCUCAGCCUAUAUUCAAGAAUGUGAUUAAGACCAAGUACCCCACUCAACUGGGAAAACUCCCCCUGCCAGACAUGCCUCUGGCAAGGAAAGAAAGUGCCCUAACCAGAGUUUCAAUCCAGAAAACACAGGAUUUAAAGAAAAGUGUUCCAUCACAGCAGAAAACACAGAGGCAGAGGAAGAAAAAGAAGCAGCAGGAGUAAGAUGCUUAUGGAAAUGUGCAUUGAAUAAGGCCAUCUUUGACUGGAUUUAUAUCAUUUAAUUCAUGUUAAAAACAGAAAUCUUUUUCAUUGCUUUAAAUACUUAAUGCACACUGUGCAAUAAUUGUUUCUGCAGAUGUUGUUGCAUCGCUGUAACUGCAAGAUUUUAUAAAAAUCUCUUUUCAUAACUUU